GCCAGCGGGCCGCCGAUCCGCCGCUGCGACCUCCAGCCCGGGCAGAGCCGCAGCGCAGCGCCGCUCCUCCUCAGUGGCGCAAACUGGAUGUUAUUGCGGAAACUCCGGACGCGUCUCUCUGCUCCUCCUGCUCCUCCUCGGCUGCCAUGGAUUGGUUUCCUCUGAGCGGAUUAUUUUAACUCCCCGCGGCUCCUCCGGGUUCCGCAGCCGCCCCGCAGCGCCUCCUGUCCGGCCCGGCAGAGCUCCAGAGGCCGGUCCUAUGAGCGCAGCCUUCAGCCCGUCCUUCAUGGUGAUGCAGCGGCCACUCGGAAGCACCACCGCCUUCAGCAUCGACUCUCUGAUCGGGGGGCCUCCGCAGCCCAGCCCGGGACACUUCGUCUACACCGGAUACCCGAUGUUCAUGCCCUACCGGUCGGUGGUGCUGCAGCCGCCGCCGCCCCCCGCCCUGCAGCCGGCGCUGCCCGCCGGACACCACCCGCCGCUGCCCGGCCUGCAGGGCGGCUUCUGCUCCAGCUUGGCCCAGGGCCUGACGCAGGGCAUGGCGCUCACCUCCACCCUCAUGGCGUCGCUGCCCGGCGGCUUCUCCCCGAACCAGCAGCACCAGGAUGCGGCCCGGAAGUUCGGCUCGCAGCCGCUGCACGUCUUCGACAAGAGCCAGGAGCUGCGGCUGGACGCGGAGGACGGGAAGAGCUUCCUGCAGGGGAAGGAGUCCGCGCUGCCCGCCUUCCACGACCCGGACACGGCGGUGCAGACCUCCACAGCCAAAGACUCCAAGGAUGAGGACCGGAAGGACGAGAGCUUCUCUCUGGACAGCGACCUGGACUACAGCUCCGACGACAACCUCACGUCUAUGUGCCACAAAGAGGACGCGGACGGCGGCGGGGCUCUGGACGACGGGCCGCUGCUCCACGGCUCCUCCGGCGGCGGCUCCGGUUCGGGCGGCGGCACCGGAGGAGGCGGCGGCGGGAAGAACCGGCGGCGGCGGACCGCGUUCACCAGCGAGCAGCUGCUGGAGCUGGAGAAGGAGUUCCACUGCAAGAAGUACCUGUCGCUCACCGAGCGCUCGCAGAUCGCGCAUGCGCUGAAGCUGAGCGAGGUCCAGGUGAAGAUCUGGUUCCAGAACCGGCGCGCGAAGUGGAAACGGGUCAAAGCCGGGAACGUGAACAACAAGUCCGGGGAACCGUCCCGGAACCCCAAGAUCGUGGUUCCGAUCCCGGUGCACGUGAGCCGCUUCGCCAUCAGGAGUCAGCACCAGCAGAUGGAGCAGAACCGGCCGUAGAGGAGGAGCCACCGGGGCCGGUACCGGAGCCGGUGAACGGACGAACCUGCAGAAGAAAAACUGACAGAAAGAGUCGCGAAACUCCAGAGAAUCUUCCGGAUAAACUGAUGAAGUCUCAGCUUCUGUUUUAGAGAAAAGAAAAGAAAUAAAUCCUCCAGAAAGUUUCCAAAAAACCCGAAAAUCUUUGCUUCAGUUUUUACGGUUUGAUUUGUCAGAAUCUGUGGCCUUAACGGACAAAAACACAACUUUCAGUUUAUUUUCUCUCCGCGGGUUGAAACGAAAAUCAUCAAAAAGACCCAAAUAGUUUAAAACGAUUCCAGACUUUUGUUUCUCUGCAGGAGGUUUGAUGGAAACUCUGCGUAAAAACGGAACAUUGUGGAGAGAAUCUGUGCGUAAAAACGGAACAUUGUGGAGAGAAUCUGUGCGUAAAAACGGACCGCUGCUGAGGAGGAUCCGUCUGUAAAUACUGGGACCAAGCGGGACUGAAAGCUGCUAAUUUAUUUAUAGAAAAUUGUGCAAAAGUGAAAACAUUCCCUGAUUCUGGAGUAAAAAAAGAAGAAAAUAUAAAAGAUGUGAAUUAAAGCUGCUCCGUCUCCAUUUAUCCUCCUUUAGUUCUCUCAUUUCUACCAAUAAAAAAACAGGAUUUGGUUUUUAAAAGCCACAAAUCUUAAUUUAUUCUCCUUCUUUUAACGGAUUUAAAACAGAAAACAGUUUAAUUUGAUUUAAUGUUUUAUUUUUAUCUUGAAAACGCAGCAGUCGUUUGAAUUUAGAACAAAAAUCUGCUCAUUUGGAAGCUUUUUUCUAUUAAAAUGUGGGGUUUUUUUUACUCAUAAAAAAGCAAAAAUUAACUAAUUUAGUCUUUUCAUUGUUUAAAUUGCAGCUGAAUUUGAUCAAAUCUGUGUUUUAACUCAGAAGAAAGUGAAAUUAAUUAAUUAAAACCUGAUUUAUUGGAGAUGUUUGGAACAUUUUUAGUUUGAUUUAAUCCAAAAGCUUCAUUUUGAGGAACAAAAAUCUGAAUUUUAACAGUUUCAGGUUCAGAUUUGUAAUUUAAAUUAAUGAUAAUUGUAAUUAUCUAAAUAAAAAGGUUUAAAUACCUCCAUAGUUCAUUAUUUUAAUCAAUAAUUCCCCAUAAACAGCAGAAUUCUGCUCAUCCUGAUCGUUUUGUCAUGGAUUCUGUUUUUACUGGUAAAAAUGGAAUUAAACUCUUUAUUCAGGAGAUUUUUCUGCACAAAUCGAAGCUCAACUUGGAGAAAUUUGUGUUUUUUGCUCAUUAAAAAAGAAAAAAAAUAAAAUAAUUUGGACGUUUUUCCUUCUGUGGUUUGAAAAUCUGUGAGUUUUUAAAUCAGAAAACAACUAAAAUCUGCUAAAUGUCCAAGAUUUAUCCUGAAAAAGUUUCUGGUUUAAACUCGACUAAUUUUUCUUCCAGUUAAUUAAAAAUGUUGUUGAUUCUGAAGGAAAAUCUCAUUUCAUAUAAAAUAUAUCGAAACAGUUUAAACUUGAACAGAUGAAAUCAAAAGUUUUUAUUUUUAUGAUUUAGUUUAAAGUCAAACGAGGAAAACGAGGCCUAAAGGCAGAAAAACACAUUUAUUUCACUUUAAUUCACUAAAUAAAGAAGAAAAAACGUUUAAAUCCGUCGAUGUUCUGCAGAAACUAAACCAGAGUUUAUUAUUAGAAUGAAGAAAUUAAUAAAAACAGCCGAAAUCAGAUCCUUUGAGACGUUUUCUGCUUUAAUUUCAGCUUCAUUUGGGGAAAUAAAUGAACUUUUACUCAGAAAUCUGAUAUUUUUUAAACAUUUUUCCUCAAAUUGUAGCUUCCUUCUUGAAUACAUGCAUCUUUACUCAUAAAACAGACAAUAAAAUGUUUAUUUAGGACAUUUUUGUGCCCAAAUUAUCAUUAGAUUGUGGGAAAUUGGUGUUUUUAUUCAUUUUAUAUUAAUUUAAAUGUUUUUUUUGCUCUAAUUGAAGCUUAAUUAUUAGAAAUGUUUGUUUUUAAUGAUAAAACUGAAGAAUAUUAUUGAUUUAGAUCAUUUUUUUCUCAAGUCACAGCAUUAUUAUUAGAAAUACAUUAAAUUUUAGUCAAACAGCAAAAAUCUUCAAAUUUAUGACAUUUUUCUGUUCUAAUUAGAGCUUAAUUAUCAGAAAUGUUUGGUUUUCACUCAUAAAACUGUUUAUUUAGAUAUUUGUUCAGCUAAAAUCACAGCUGAAUAUUAGAAAAUGUUUGUUUUUACUAAAAAAAAAAGCAACAAUCUGCUAAUUUAUGACAUUUUCUGCUCUAAUUGCAGCUUAAUUGUGGAAAAUGUUUUAUUUCUCAUAAAAAGAAGCAAAAAUCCUUUCAUUUGGAACAUUUUCUGCUUUAUUUGAAGCUUAAUUUGUCAACUUUUACUCCUAAAACUGAAGAAAACUGUUUAUUUAGAACAUUUUCCAGCUAAAGUUCAGUUUUAUUAUGAAUUUCCACGGCGUGGGGAGAAAUAAAGGACCAUCUUAUCUUAGAAAUACGUUAAACUUUUUAUUCAUAAACAGAAAUCUGCUGUUUUUCAACAUUUUUUCUGCUGCAUAAAGUGAUUUUAGUCAUAAAAAAGAAGCUAAAUCUGCUAUUUUUUUGCUCUAAUUGCAGCUUAAUUAUUAGAAAUGUUUGUUUUCGCUCAAAAAAAGGAAAUAAAAAUAUUUAUUUAGAUCAUUUUCCUGCUAAAAUCACAGCUGAUUAUUGAAAAUGCUUGUUUUAACUCCAUGAAAACCAAAAAUCAAUACAUUCAGACUUUUUUUCCUCUAAAGUCUCAGCUGUAGUUCUAUAAUAUGUGAAGUUUUACUGAUGAAAAAACAAAAAUCUGCUGUUUUUUUGAACAGUUUUCCUCAAAUUGCAGCUUCAGUUUGAAAAGAAUGUGUGUCUUUGCUCAUAAAACAGAAUAAAAAAAUGUUUAUUCAGGACAUUUCUGUGCCCAAAUUAUCAUUAGAUUCUAAGAAAAGAGUGAUUUUAAUCAUAAAAAAGAAUCAAAGUUGCUUUUUGCUCUAACUGCAGCUUAAUUGUUAGAAAUGUUUGAUUUUACUCAAAGAAAAGCAAAAAUCGACACAUUUAGAUGUUUUUUUCCUGCUCGGAUCUUUGCUUGAUUAUAACCAACGUGUUUUAAUCAUAAAAAGGAGAAGAAACUGUUUAUUUAGAGCAUUUUCCUGAUAAAAUCAGAAUUAAAUUUGAUAAAUGUUUUAUUAAUCACAAAAAAGAAAAAUCUACUCAUAUGGAGCAUUUUCUGCUCUAAAUGCAGAUUAAUUUUACUCCUGAAACAGAAGAAAUCAGUUUAUUUAGAACAUUUAGUGCUAAAAUCUCAGUUAAAUUCAAUAAAUGUGUUUUUACUCACAAAAAGGGAAAGAAAAACAUCAGUUUAGACAUUUUGUCCUCUAAACUCACAGCCGUAGUUGGAGAAAUACAUCAACUUUUACUCAUUUAUGACAUUUUUUCUGCUCAGAUCAUGAGUGAAUUUAGGAAAAUUGUUUGUUUUCACUCCAAAAAAGCAACAAUCUGUUAAUUUAUGACAUUUUUCUGCUCUAAUUGCAGCUUAAUUGUGGAAAAUGUUUUAUUUCUCAUAAAUAGAAGCAAAAAUCUUCUCAUUUGGAGCCUUUUCUGCUCUAAUUGAAGCUUAAUUUGUGAACUUUUACUCAUAAAACAGAAGAAAACGGUUUAUUUUGAACAUUUUUCUGCUAAAAUCACAGUAAUAGUUGAUAAAUGUGCGCAUUUUUCUGCUGCUGUUGUUAUUAUUUACGUUUGUCGUCAUAAAAACAACAAAAAUCAUCUCAUUUGGAGCAUUUUCUGCUCUAAUUGCAGCUUAAUUUGGGAAUUUUCACUCAUAAAACAAAAAGAAAUCUUAUAUUUGACAAAUGUCUGUUUUUACUCAUUUCUCUGCUGCUGUUUAUUAUUUACGUUUCUCGUCACAAAAACAACAAUCUUCUCAUUAUAAACAUUUUUUUCUGCUCAGGUCGGAGUUCAGUGACUAGAAAUGUUUAUUUUUUACUCAUUAAACUGUUUGUUUGGA